AUGAGAGCCUACUGGUACGACAACUCUCCCGGCGACCAGCGCCUGCCGCACGACUCGGGCAAGGACGUCGACGCCGCCGCGCUAGGGGAGCUGGGCGUGCUGUACUUCAAGUACCCGGAGGUGUCGGCGGUGGACGAGCUGGCGCGCGAGCGCGGGUACAAGAACCGCGACGAGAUCACGGUGUCGCCCGAGAAGAUGGGCGCCGUGUACGAGGAGAAGGUCAAGUCCUUCUUCCACGAGCACCUGCACGAGGACGAGGAGAUCCGGUACAUCAGGGACGGCCAGGGCUACUUCGACGUGCGCAGCAAGGGCGACGAGUGGGUCCGCAUCCAGCUCGAGAAGGAUGAUUUGAUUAUCCUGCCCCCGGGCAUUUACCACAGGUUCACUACGGAUGAGAGUAACUACAUCCAAGCUAUGCGCCUCUUCAAGGAUGAGCCCAAGUGGACGCCGCUGAACAGGUCGGGGGAACUGGAUGAGAACCAGUUCCGCAAGGAGUACGUUACGCAGUAUCUGAGCUAA